AUGAAUGAAACAAAUGGAACAUUGACAAUGGGACAUAUUGAGAAUAGAAAAGAAAUGGCAAAAAUUUCCACGUUCGAAAAUUUGGCCAGCUUAAAUGAAGAAUUAAAAAUAAAAAAUCAGUUGGUAAGGAAAUUUACGAAAAAUUGUUCAAAACCAACUGACGCUCUCAAAAGUAUUCAAAACCUGGAGAAACUAGGCUACCUGAAAUUGAUUCCAUUAGACGUGUUUGUCGAGUUUGGACUUGAUACAUCCCAUCUGAAGAGGAAAUCAGAAGAUCAAGAUGAUUCAUCAAUGGACCAAGUCAAUAACAAAUGUAAGAAGAGCAGAGGCUUGGAAUUAUCAGAGAGUGAUCUCAGUAAAAAACCUUCCAAAGGAAAAAUUUAUGGGAGGAAGUAUGGUCGAUUUGCCCCAAAAGCUAGCUUUAGACAUCAUGAUCUAAAGAAGAAGAAAGAGGCAACUAAAUCUACCAGAGGUCAUGCGAGUGCUAGUGUUGCAAUCACACCAGAAAAAGACGAUAACCUGAAGGCUGUAAAGCUAGAUAGGAGCAUGGUUUUAAAAGCAUUGAAAGCCUUCAUGUUUCCAUGUGUUAAUGUGGAACAGUUGAAAAGCUCUGAUGUUAUUAAAAGAUCUAUUAAACCUUUAACUAUUGAAAAUGGUUACUAA